AAGUUAUUGGGUGAUGCAAACUUACACUAUGUUAAUAAAGAAUACCCGGAAGCAAUUGCAAUUCUUCAAGAGAUUGUAAAAAUAGAUCCGAAUAUUCAUAUAGCUUGGUUUACGUUAGGAACCAUACAGGACGAAGUGGGAUGUCCAGACAAAGCUUUACAAUUAUACCUAGUUGCUGCUCAUUUAACACCAAAAGAUGCAUCACUAUGGAAAAGAUUAGGUUUGUCAAGCAAAAAUCAAAAUGCUCUUCAUCAAGCAAUAUAUUGCUUUUCUAAGGCGAUUAGAUGUGAUCCUAAUGAUGAUGAUGCCAUUUGGGAUAGAUGCAUUCUUUAUGGGGAAAUAGGAGAAUACAGAAAAGUAGAUUUUGAAAUCACAUUAUUGUUAUUUUCAUUUUUAUAUAGCAUGAAAACUUCAUUAUAUUCUUUACAAAAAGUACCCAUAAAAAAUGCUACUGAUUUUAAUGGAGCUAAAGUUACUCUGACCUCAUUCACUUUAGAAAUAUUAUCUAGCAGUAGUGUUGGGUCAAUGAAAAUUACAUUUGAUAAUACAGGAUGCUCU